CCCUUGAAUGUUGUGGCCUGGUCUCCUUGCGGGCAGUAUCUGGCAGCUGGAAGCGUGGAUGGGAGUAUAGUGGUAUGGAAUGUGGAAACCCACGAGUGCGUAGAGAGGAUGAAGCAUGAGAAAAGUUACUCAAUUUGUGGACUAGCAUGGCACCCCAGAUAUAGGCAAAUUGCUUAUACGGAUACUGAAGGAAAUCUGGGCUUGUUGGAAAAUGUCGGUGAUGGAAAGAAACCGAACGACAAGGUUGCCAGUACAGUGACAAAAGACUACAACGAUCUCUUUGAUGGAGAUGAUGACGAGGACUAUUUAAAUGGAGAUAUGGUAGAACCACAGUCUUCCCCAAAGGCUGGAGCUAAUGAAGAUGAUGGUGGUGAUGAUGACCUUAUGCCAACUUCAGGUCAUCCGAGACGGGCAAUAAUUGAUGAUGAUGAUAACUCACUAGAUAUCGGGAUGAUAAAAGCUAAUUCCACUCUUCUUGAAAAGGAAGAUGAUGAUGAUGAUCAGACUGGUGGCUUUCCAGCUGCACCACCAUCAUCUACACAACGACCUUUCUAUGAUGGGCCAGUGCCAACCCCAAAGCAAAAGCCGUUCCAGUCUGGCUCCACUCCUGCACAUCUCAUGCAUCGUUUCAUGGUGUGGAAUUCCAUUGGUAUCAUUCGCUGUUACAAUGACGAGCAAGACAAUGCUAUAGAUAUAGAAUUUCAUGAUACAUCCAUACAUCAUGCCACACACCUGCCAAACUCUCUGAAUCACACGAUGGCUGACCUUUCCACUGAAGCUAUUCUACUAGCCUGUGAGAGUACAGAGGAACUUGCAAGCAAGCUCCACUGCAUUCAUUUUAACUCAUGGGAUGCAAACAAGGAGUGGACAGUAGAUAUGCCAAAGGAUGAAGACAUUGAGGCCAUCUGUCUAGGUCAAGGCUGGGCGGCUUGUGCCACUAGUGCCUUGCUAGUGCGUGUGUUUACGGUUGGAGGAGUUCAGAAAGAGAUCUUCAGUCUCCCAGGUCCUGUGGUGUCUAUGGCAGGACAUGGAGAGCAGUUGAUGAUUAUUUAUCACAGAGGUACUGGGUUUGAUGGAGACCAGUGCCUCGGAGUACAGCUGAUGGAGCUAGGAAAAAAGAAAAAACAAAUUUUGCAUGGAGACCCUCUUUCUCUUACAAGGAAAUCCUAUUUGGUAUGGGUUGGAUUCUCUGCAGAAGGUACCCCGUGUUACGUGGAUUCUGAGGGAAUCGUGCGGAUGUUGAACCGAGGUCUUGGGAAUACUUGGAUUCCAGUGUGUAACACAAGAGAGCAUUGCAAAGGAAAAUCUGAUCAUUAUUGGGUAGUUGGCAUCCAUGAAAAUCCUCAGCAGCUCAGGUGUAUUCCCUGUAAAGGAGCCCGAUUCCCUCCUACGCUCCCGCGGCCUGCUGUGGCAAUAUUACCUUUUAAACUUCCUUACUGUCAAGUUACAACAGAAAAGGGACAGAUGGAGGAACAAUACUGGCGUUCUGUUGUAUUUCACAACCAUGUGGAUUACUUAUCAAAAAAUGGCUACGAACUUGAUGAAAAUGCUACAAGUCAGUCAGUGAAAGAACAACAAGAACUUUUAAUGAAACUGUUUGCCCUUUCUUGUAAACUGGAGCGCGAAUUUCGUUGUGUGGAACUUGCUGACCUCAUGACACAAAACGUUGUGAAUUUAGCUAUCAAGUACGCUUCUCGCUCUCGAAGACUAAAUUUAGCUCAGCGACUUAGUGAAAUGGCUGUAGAAAAAGCAAAUGAAUUGGCAACAGCGCUGGAAGAUGAAGAGGAGGAAGAGGAUUUCCGAAAGCAUCUGAGUGCUGGUUACAGCAACUCUGCCACCGAGUGGAGCCGGCUGGCCGCCCGAAGGGGUGACCAAGAAAUGGAAGAUGCUGAGGAAACUGAUGCCGAUGAGGAAGCAGAAGAAACACCAGAAGUGCAUAAACAGAGGCCAAAUAAUUUCUCCAAAGGUGUCACUUCAACACAGGUGACUACUUCGAAGUCUGUUGUAAUUGUAUCAAGCAGCCAAGGACGAGUGAAUCCCUUUAAGGUGUCAUCUAACAAAAAGGACCCAGUGGUCCCCUCAGCAAAUGUUCUAGACACUAUGAGCAAAUACUCAAAGAAAACUUCUUUAUCUACCAGUCGAGCUGUAAACAAGCAGACCUCUCCAGUUAUAAAGCCUCUGACUCCCAAACCCAAAUCCAAGCAGAUGUCAGCAGCCUCCUUCUUCCAGGCUUGUACACCUAACUCUAGUGAAAAAACAGUGGAAGAAAGAGAAGAAAAAGCAGGCAACGAGUCUCCUGAAGUCAAAGUCACUGCACAGGAAAACACUGAGAAUAGAAGACCAAAGACAGGAUUCCAGACGUGGCUUGAAGAGAACAGAGCAAACAUUUUGACGGAUAAUCCUGAACUGAAUGAAGCAGAAGUAAUAAAAGAAGGCAUGAGUCGAUUUAGAAUGCUGUCGUCAGAAGAAAGAAUGGUGUGGACUGAGAAAGCAAAAGGAGGAACAGUUAAUGAUUUAACAGAAGAUAAAAAGCGAAAGCGUCCCAGUGCUGAUGAAGAUGAAGCGAAAAGGAACCAGGAGCAAAAAUCGGACUCAAAUGUGUCCAAAAAACCAAAGCCUUUAGACCAAUCUGCAAACAGAUUGUCAGCUUUUGCGUUCAAGCAAAGCUAA